AUGGAUUUCACUAAGAAAAUAUUAGUAGUAUUUGCUUUCACCAUUAUGUUGGGGAUCUCUUCUGUUCAUUGCCGUCCAAGUUUCAAACCCAUCCCUUUGUUUGGAGAAAAAUUGACUCAGUGUUUCGACACAAGACCAUGUCUGCAAGGGAUGUUGAAAUGCAUUGAAUUCUGUAGCUCAAUGGGGACUGCCGAUGGACAAUGUAAUAAUGAAAACCUAUGUUGUUGCACACAUGAAUGA